GCCACAGCACCUGGCCCCAUUCUCUAUUUUCUAAAAAAGAUGUAGAGCAUUGGGAGAAGGUCCUCUGGCCUUGGGAACACAGGGGUCCCUCCUCAUACAUUCCUUACCUGGGUCCCUGUGGCUCCUUAGUGGCCAUACUUCUGGUGCUUUUCUGCCAGCCAUGCACAGUGAAGUGAGGGGUGUCUUAGCUGAGACAUUGUGCCCAGUGCCAGGCCACGCAUCCAGUCUUUCUGUCCUGCGACAGCCUCCUGGUGCUUCCAGAGAAUAGGUCCUCAUUCCACUCAAGACCCAGCAACAAGAUGGCCCCUUCCUCAUCCUGGGAUUAGUGCUCCAAACCUCCCUCAACUCAAGCUCACUGGGUCUUCCCCAUUCAACAUCUCUUUCCUCACUUUCCUCCCCUUCUGGACUUUGUUCACACAAUCUCCCUUCUAGGCCACUGGAAACCAGGGCCAGCUUCUCCUACCCAAGGGUGGGGGAAUGAAAACUUCAGUGCCACUCAGCUUUUUCUUGCUAGUGCAUCUUUUUACAGUUAGAUAAAACAGAGGACACAGAGAAGGACAACACAGGGCUCCUGAGGCCAAGGACCUUGAAGUCUAUUUGGGGAAGCCAACGAAAAGGAUCAACAGCAGGUCAUUAAGCCCGGGAACUGGAAAGAUGUCUGUGAAAGGUCUACCACCGUGAUCCUUGGGGUGACCUCCUCAGUGCCUUCCCUGCCACUCCCCAAUGUCCUCCUGAUGGCCAAUGUUACCUGGCCCCGGGGUCCGUUUUCCACCUGGAACACACCUGGUGAUGCCCCAGUCAUCACCCUCAGCAGGCUUCUCCCCCUGAAGUAUGUGGAGCUACGAAUCUAUGACCGGCUCCGACGCAUCCUGAGGGUUAGGACAGUGACCGAGAAGAUCUACUACCUGAGGCUCCACGAAAAACACCCAGAGACUGUGUUUCAAUUCUGGAUCCGCUUGGUGAAAAUUCUGCAGAAAGGCCUGUCCAUCACCACCAAAGACCCAAGAAUCGAAUUCACUCACUGCCUGGUGCCCAAGAUGCCCACCAGCUCCACGGAAACAACACCUGAAAACAGCCUCCUGUCAACCCCCCAGCCCAGCGAGACUCUCAUGCUGCUGGCGGCUGAGCAAACCAGUGGCAGUUUCUCACAGCUCUCAGGAAAGCCCCAGCUCACAGCAGACAGGAACGAUGACACUGCCAUUGAAACAGGCAAUUACAGAAGCUGUAAGAUACCCUCGCCAGUGGCAUCUCCAAUCAAUUUGAAUAUACCCAUGAGAGCUGCUUUGAGCCACAGCCUCUGGGAAUAAGAGGACCCUCAUGAGCACUUUCUACAAGUUCCUGCAGCCAGUUCCCUAGGAGAGCACUUCUUGGGACCCUGACACCAGACAAAACAUGCUCUCCCUGGCAUGGGUGUACUUGCUACCACCUCUUAUAACACUCCUUUCCCACCGUGGGUCAGAGGACCAUGGGAGAGGUGAGAUGGUGUUUCCAACAAGGUGCCUCUGUCCUUCUGCCAAUAAACCUCCAAGUGAGUCUCUAA